AUGCUGCCUUCGCAAGAAGCCUCCAAAAUCUACCAUGACAACUACAUGCGCAACUCCAGGGCCAUCGGGGUCCUGUGGGCCAUAUUCACAAUCUGCUUGGCCAUCAUUAACGUGGUGGUGUUCAUCCAACCUUAUUGGAUUGGCGACAGCAUCAACACGCCUCAAGCCGGAUACUUCGGUUUGUUCCACUACUGCGUGGGUAACGGGAACUCCAACCGGGACCUCUUGUGCCAGGGCAGCUUCUCCGAAUUUGGCUCCAUCCCGUCAGGAGCCUUUAAGGCGGCCUCCUUCUUCGUGCUGAUGUCCAUGGUGCUCAUCCUCAGCUGCAUCGGCUGCUUCGCCCUCUUCUUCUUCUGCAACACUGCCACGGUCUACAAGACGUGCGCCUGGAUGCAGCUGUUAUGCGCCAUGUGUCUCGUGUUCGGCUGUUUGAUUUUCCCAGAUGGCUGGGAUGCAGAGGUGAUCCGGGACAUGUGUGGUGAGGACACAGGGAAGUACACCUUGGGCAACUGUUCGGUGCGUUGGGCCUACAUUCUGGCUGUCAUCGGCGUGCUGAAUGCCCUCAUCCUUUCCUUCCUGGCCUUUGUGCUGGGUAACCGGCAGAACGACUUCUUGCAGGAGGAGCUGAAGCCUGACAACAAAGACUUUGCCGUGUCAAGGCUCCAUCUUGGUCCCUCUCUGCGAAUGGAUGGCAUUGAAAUCCCAGAAACAAAGGAUCCAAGAUUUGUAAUUCAGCGGUUCCGUUGAGAACAAAACAUCCCCUCCUCCUGUUCUAGCUCCCUGCCUCCCAGCCUUAACUCCUCCGCCUCCUGUCCUAAGCUCUUCAGGUUAAACCCUUUUGAUGUGGACUAAUCUAACAAAGGUAAACUGUUUGAGAGGAAACACAACGUGAGAGGGAUAAAAUCAUUCAACUCACACACUGACAUCAUUUCAUAGUAUUGUUAUAACAAAGAUUACAGAGUUAUUCUUUGGGGAAAAAAUGUAUUAAAUGGGGAAAAAAACACUUUACAGCUUUAAAAGUUAAACGAUCAAGUGCGUAUGUGAAAGCACACAGGUGCUACUGGUGACAUAAAAGUACAAAAAGAACAAAGAAACUUUUGUACAAACAAGGUGUAAUUUUGAAGUCUUUUUCAGGUUAAUUUUCAACUUCUUUUUGUAUUUGACCAGCUCUGAUCCCAGGAACUACAAA